AUGGGCCCUUCAACGCCAACGCGUGCAAAAGGAUCGACUGCCGCAUUAACGCGCGGCUUGGGCAUGAUGUCCCUGGACUCGCCCCUGUCAGAUCGCCCAACAAAUCUUCGAUCGCGAUUUCACGCAUCUCCUAUUCGCCACCCAUCCAUAAAGUCUGCACGGACGCUUGGCCCUGCCGGUGGCGGCGUCGUCAGCGGCAUCGCUGCUGGUGGCCGUCGCGAUAAGGAAGACUGCUUGCUUGUGCAUUCUAUGGAUGGACCUGAUGCACGAGGCGUCGUUGCCAAGGACUGGGACGGUCCCGACGGCACAGUGCCUCGUCGGCGUGGGUCCACCAUGGUGUCACGAGGUGAUCGAUACAUCCCAAACCGUGAGCUUCUUCGUCGCGGCACCACACCAUUCCUUGAGGACAGCGCAGGCGAUGCACUUUCACACCACAAUAGUAGCAGCAGUGCCGGGAGUGAUUCUCUUGCAUCUGACGCCGCCGCAGCGGCGGCGGCGGCGGAACUGGACAGCCCACCCGCCUUAGAGGGUGCAUGUCAGGUCGAUCUGGGACAGCGAAUUCUUUCCUUUUCAGCAGCUCCUCCAAGCGCAUCGUCUUCCAGUGCAAAAGACUUGCACACGCGGUAUGCAUCUAAGCCAAAGAGUACGUUGCCCAGCAGUCUUGUGGCCGCUGGAAGACGCCGCAUUCCGACAGCGCCAGAACGCGUGCUCGAUGCACCUGCGAUUGUGCCUGACUUUUAUGUCAACCUCUUGCACUGGUCGAGUCAGAACGUCAUUGCUAUUGCGUUGCAGUCAGCCGUCCACACAUGGAACAGCGAGACAGGAGAAGCCAAUUUUCUGCUGGAUUUGGAAGAAGAGAGCGAACGCGUCGGUGGUGGCGGCUUGGUCACGAGUCUUCGCUGGGACGCGCAUGGCAAUAUCCUCGCUGUGGGUACGGACCGAGGUUAUACACAAAUCUGGGAUGUCGCACGCGGUGCGCGGCUGCGUACACUGCGACCCAGUGCCGAUGGCGGCGCAGAUGCGUCAGCGGUCAAUGCAGCUGCAUGGGCCGUCGACGGCACACUGAGUGUCGGUUACGCAAGUGGUUUGAUUCGUGAACAUGAUGUGCGACAGCGAUCUAGCGAAACACGCUCCUUAGAACAUGCACAUGCGGCGCAGGUAUGUGGCUUGAGCUGGCGCGAUGACAGUGCCUUGUUGGCAAGUGGAGGAAACGACAACGUCGUAAAAGUAUGGGACCGACGAACCAAUGUAGCCAAGAUGCGCAAGGAGAAUCACCGGGCAGCUGUGAAAGCCCUCGCUUGGUCGCCACACAACAGCAGUCUUUUGGCGACAGGUGGCGGCAGUGCGGACAGAUGCAUCCACUUUUGGAACACGACACAGAAUACCCGCGUGCAGACGAUCCAGACAAGCGCGCAAGUAACCUCGCUGCAGUGGGCGCCACAUUACCGCGAGCUCGUGUCGUCGCAUGGUGUUGGCACAUCCGAGUCAGAGGCGGGCGCACUGUGUGUGUGGGCACAUCCCUCCGGCCAGAAGAUCGCCGAUGUGCCAGGAGCCCACGAUGGUCGUGUACUUCAUACGAGUCUGAGCCCCGAUGGCCAGACACUCGCGACGGUCGGUAGUGACGAGAGCCUCAAGUUUUGGCGCGUGUUUGAACAAGCGCAGGACGUGAGCAAAGCGCAGCGAUCUGUGCUGACGUCUUACAAAGGCCUUGCACGUUCAGCGCCACCGACGCGUGCGUUGCGCUGA